AAAAAAAGAUCACUGGGCAAAAUUAGGGCACACCGAAUCAUAACAUCACUUUCACAUACACUGCUAAUAUUCCAGCAAUUCAGUAAAGAAGGCUAACUUUACUGUGGAGAGUUAUUCCUCCAUUGAAGAUGAAGAGAAUUUCUCUGUUUUGCCCUCCAUUGAGAGUUAUUUCCCAUUCUUGUUUUUGGACAUUUACAAUCAGAGCAUAUUCUUCAAGUCAUAGUAAUACAUCUGUUUCUGCAAAGGGUAAACUUGGGUUAAAUAGCAAGAUUGAGAAUGUUAAGUGUUUAGAUGAUGCUGUUACUCUCUUCCAUCAAUUGGUUAGAAUGAAGCCUCUUCCUUCUGUUUUCAGUUUCUCUAAAUUAUUUAAGACUAUACUAACUAUGAAGCAUUAUUCUGCUGUGGUUUCUCUUUUUCGAGAAAUGCAGAUAUUGGGUAUCCCAUUUGAUGUAUUCAUCUUGAGUAGCGUGAUUAACAGUUAUUGCCUGAUGCAUCGUGCUGAUUGUGCGUUUUCGGUGUUACCCAUUUACUUGAAGAAUGGCAUUCCAUUUGAUAAUGUCACCUUUACCACCCUAAUAAGGGGAUUAUUUGCUGAAAAUAAGGUUAAAGAUGCGGUUGAAUUGUUCAAAAAGUUGGUCAAAGAGAAGAUUUGUGAGCCUAAUGAAUUCAUGUAUGCAACUGUCAUGAAUGGGCUAAGCAAAAGGGGUCAUACUGAGAAGACUUUGAGUUUGCUCCGGUUAAUUGAACAGGGGAAUGCUAAGCCUAACAUAUAUAUCUAUAGCAUUGUUAUAGAUGCACUUUGCAAAGAUAGAAACUUAAAUGCUGCAAUCAACCUUUUGAAUGAGAUGAAACAGAAGGGCAUUCCUCCUAACGUAGUCACAUAUAAUUCAGUAAUUGAUGGUUUAUGUAAGUUCGGUCAGUGGGAAAAAGUAACGACUUUGUUUUCUGAGAUGGUAAAUCAUAAUAUUUAUCCAAAUGUGCGCACCUUCAACAUAGUGAUAGAUGGAUUAUGUAAAGAAGGAAAAGUUGAGGAUGCCGAGGAAAUAAUGAGACACAUGAUUGAAAAAGGUAUAGAGCCUGAUAUAAUCACCUACAAUGCGAUAAUGGAUGGACAUUGUUUGUGUGGUCAAAUGAAUAGAGCGAGGAGAGUUUUUAAUUCCAUGAUAGACAAAAACAUUGAACCUGACAUUAUUAGCUAUAGCAUACUAAUGAAUGGAUACUGUAAGGAAAAGAAAGUGGAUGAGGCCGUGCAAUUGUUUGGUGAAAUUUCUCAAAGGGGAUCAAAGCCUGAUAUUAUUACCUACAACACUAUCUUGCAAGGUCUGUUUGAUAUUGGAAGAAUAGGCGAUGCAAAAAAGUUCUUUGAUGAGAUGCUAUCUACAGGGCCCACACCUGAUUUAUACAGUUAUGGCACUUUGCUCAAUGGUUAUUUCAAGUAUGGACUUAUUGAAGAAGCUGUAUCACUCUUUAAUAAGUUGGAAAGAAAGGGAGAAAAUGCUAAUAUUGAAUUUUAUAAUGUUGUCAUUAACGGGUUGUGCAAAAAUGGUCAACUCGACAAAGCUCAUGCUAUUUUUGAGAAGCUUUCUUCAAUUGGAUUGCUUCCGAAUGCUAGAACGUACAAUACAAUGAUAAAUGGAUUUUGUCUUCAAGGGUUGUUAGAUGAAGCUAAAGAUAUUCUAAGAAAAAUGGAAGACAAUGGUUGUUUUCCAAACAAUGUCACUUACGAUGUUAUUGUGCAAGGAUUUCUUAGGUGCAACAAAAUUAGUGAAAUGAUAUCUUUCAUGAAGGAAAUGGCUGGACGGGGCUUCUCAUUUGAUGCAACUACAGCUGGGUUUUUGGUAAACGUUAUAAGGGAGAACCCUUCCGUCCUUGACAUGAUACCAGAGCUUCACUUGAAAAAUAAGAAGAUGAAGAUAAUCUCUCUGCGAAAUGGUAUUAUUCCCUUAUUCUCUUUCUUUGAUGUUUCCCAUUCUUGUUCUGCAAUUACAGUUUAUUAUUCAACUCAUAGUUAUUCUGCAAAGGGUAAACUUUGGUUAAAUACCAAGAUUGAGAAUGUUAAGUGUUUAGAUGACGCUGUUACUCUCUUCCAUCAAAUGGUUAGAAUGAAGCCUCUUCCUUCAGUUGUCAGUUUCUCUAAAUUGUUUAAGACUGUACUAACUAUGAAGCAUUAUUCUGCUGUGGUUUCUCUUUUUGGAGAAAUGCAGAAAUUGGGUACCCCAAUUGACGGAGUCAUCUUGAAUAGCGUGAUUAACAGUUAUUGCCUGAUGCAUCGUGUUGACUGUGCAUUUUCGGUGUUACCCAUUUACUUGAAGAAUGGCAUUCCAUUUAAUGUUGUCACCUUUAACACCCUAAUUAGGGGAAUCUUUGCUGAAAAUAAGGUUAAAGAUGCGGUUGAAUUGUUCAAAAAGUUGGUUAGAGAGAAGAUUUGUGUGCCCAACGAAUUCACAUAUGCAACUGUCAUGAAUGGACUCAGCAAAAGGGGCCAUACUGAGAAGACUUUGAGUUUGCUCCGGUUAAUGGAACAGGGGAAUACUAAGCCCAACAUAAAGAACUACAACAUUGUGAUAGAUGCGCUUUGCAAAGAUGGAAACUUAGAUGCUGCCAUCAGCCUUUUGAAUGAGAUGAAGCAGAAAGGCAUUCCUCCGGACAUAAUCACUUAUAAUUCAUUAAUUAAUGGUUUUUGUAAGCUUUGUCAAUGGGAAAAGGUUAAGACUUUGUUCUCUGAGAUGGUGAACUUUAAUCUUUAUCCAAAUGUGCGCACCUUUAACAUACUUAUAGAUGGAGUAUGCAAAGAAGGGAAAGUUGAAGAUGCCGAGGAAGUAAUGAGACACAUGACCCAUAAAGGUGUAGAGCCUGAUGUGAUCACCUACAAUGCGAUAAUGGAUGGAUAUUGUUUACGUGGUCAACUGUAUAGAGCGAGGAAGGUUUUUGAUUUCAUGAUAGAUAAGAAUAUUGAACCUAGCAUUAUUAGCUAUAGUGUACUAAUAAAUGGAUACUGUAAGAAAAAGAAAUUGACCGAGGCAAUGCAAUUGUUUCAUGAAAUUUCUCAAAAGGGAUUAAAACCUGAUAUCUUUACCUACACUACUAUCUUACAAGGUCUAUUUGAAGUUGGAAGAAUUGGAUCUGCUAGAAAAAUUUAUGAUGAGAUGUUGUCUGCGGGGCCCGAUCCUAAUCUAUACACUCAUGUCACGUUGCUCAAUGGUUAUUUUAAGUAUGGACUUGUUGAAGAAGCAAUGUCGUUCGUUAAUAAGUUGGAAAAAAAGAUAGAAUAUGCUAGUAAUGAAUUUUACAAUGUUGUCAUUAAUGGAUUGUGCAAAAAUGGUAAAGUCGACAAAGCUCGUGCUACCUUUGAGAAGCUUUCUUCAAUUGGAUUGCUUCCAAAUGUGAUUACAUAUAAUACAAUGAUAAAUGGAUUUUGUCUAGAAGGUUUGUUAGAUGAAGCUAAAGAUAUGCUAAGAAAAAUGGAGGACAACGGUUGUUUGCCGAACAAUGUGACUUACAAUGUCUUUGUGCAAGGAUUUCUCAGGUGUAAUAAAAUUAGUGAAAUGACAACUUUUAUGAAGGAAAUGACGGGAAGGGGCUUCUCAUUUGAUGCAACUACGUCUGAGAUACUAGUAAAGGUUAUAAGUGUGAAUCCUUCCGUCCUUGACAUGAUACCAGAGCUUCACUCGAAAAAUAAGAAGUGAAUAUUUCUUUCGCAUUGUUUAUUUGCCUAUGCUGCCACUAUUGUAUCUAUAGGUCACACAAAGAGAAGUUUACUGCUGCUCCGAGGCUACCCUUAUGCUAUCUCCAGAUAACUUUGACGAAAUUGUGCUAGAGGAGACGAAGGAUGUCUUGGUUGAAUUUUAUGCUCCAUGGUAAGUUUGAAGUGGCUCAUCGCAAGUCAUUCACUUGAUUUUGGAACUGAUAGGUAAGUUCUAUUUCUAAAGUCUUGGUAACUUCAACAUCCUGACAUUGCUAUCUUCAGUAGGAAAAUCAAAAUCUAACUGUGGUACCUCUUUAAAAAGUGAAAGUUUUGAUGGUCAAUAGCUCGACACAACCAUCUUGUUUUUUCCUAUCCCCUGUAGAAUCUUAGUGCCCUGAGAUGUUAGUUUUAUCCCUCAUUUGUGGAUCUGGAAAUUUUGUGCACUGCUGAAAUUUCUAUGUCCCAUUGGCAGAGUUUCAGUCUUAAGUUGGAAGCUGGUAGUCAGAAGCUGUAGCUUGAGUUCUUCCUCAGGAGCAAUUAUAUGUGUUUCAAAAUGACAAGAGUUGCAUCUAUAUCUAAUUGAAACUAAUUUCUGAGUCUGGUCUCAUGCAUAAUGAACAACUAUAUGAGCUGGACUUCUCUCUCAAGAUUGCAUAUGAGUAACUCCAUAUGUCAUCAAAUGUGUUUUGUUACCUUUAUCGAGGCAAAACAUCUUGAUAUGCAAGAGCUUUCAGUAAUCAAGUAGAGGUUUUUUUCAUUUGUAGUUUUUUCCUCAGGGCAGAUCAUCUUGUUCAUGGUAGCAGUUAAUGGGUAAACCGUGGUAUGCGGUUGUUUGUGAACAGAGAUAAACUGAGAUGAACCAGGUUUGGGUUUUAUACCAGAGCUUGGGAUUACUGGAGUAUAGGAAUAUAAUUCAUAUAGUGGGAGUUUAGUUGUGAAAAUUUAAAUUUAUGUACCUAAAAUGGAAAACUGGUAGUGAAUUAAUCAGAUCAUAAGAACAUUCUUUCCAUGUCUUCAGUUUUGUUUUUCAUUAUUAAAAAAAAAAAAAUCAUUAACUCACCUUUUCCUCAAUAAAAUGCAUAAAAAGGAACAACACUAUAAGGUGUUUGAUAAUGGCAGGGGGUGUACAACUGCUGAUAGGUCAACUUCAUCCUUCUGUGCCUGAAACAUAUAGUAUGAACAUUGAUGUUCUAUACUAUAGAUGAACGGUAAACACCAUAUCUAGAAUAUUCUUUGUUGAAUAGAACUUGUUCAAAAUUGAUAGGUUAUACAUUGUCAUUCCUAUUCGAAAAGGGUCACACUCCAUAGAGUUAUUGUCAACUAACUUAGAACAUGGAGGAGAGGAAUUUCUUUUUAAGACAUACGUCUGUUUGAAAUUCUCUACUGUAAUAGUUAGCAUGCGCAUUUUAAGUGUAAAUCUUCUUGUUAUUUUAAGAAUUGGGGGGAAGAGAGACCCGUGUCUUAUCUUAUACCCAUGUUAUAAUGCUGGUGACUUUAAGCUUUCCAUGAUCAUGUGUCCAUGUGUAGCUUUGUCAUAGUUGUUGUUGAGGAUAUUACUUGUCUAUGGGAUAUUGAAUCUUGUGGAUACUAUUAGAUAGGAGUGAGUAUUUAUUGCAUUUUAUCUGUUGCAUCUCUAAUUUAAGCUUUACCUUUUGCAGGUGUGGUCGUUGUGUAAACCUAGAAACUGCUCAUAACUGAAAAACUGUGUAACUACUACUCAUUUCGUGUCCUUUUAUUCAGACUUAUGAAAAGGUUGUCAUACUGUCCAAACUACUACUAUAACAACAACAACAUCCAAGAGUACCGGAUGCUUUGUUGAAGUAGAACUUGUUCAUAAUUGAUAGGAUAUACAAAUUGUCAUUGCUAUUCAAAAAGGGUCGUACUCCAUAUAGUUAUUGUCAACUAACUUAGAACAUGGAGGGGAGUUAUUUCUUUUGAUGACAUUGCUCUGUUUGAAAUUCUCUCCUGUAACUGUUUGUUUCUUUAAUUUAGAUUAUGGAGUUUAACUUUUAAGGGUAAACUGUGCUUGUAAUUUUAAGAAUUUUGGGGAAAAGAGACCCAUGUCUUAUAAUGCUGGUAAUGUUAGUUAGUGAGAGGGAUGCAUUUGAGCUUUCCAUGAUCAUAUGUCCACGUAUAGCUUCGUCAUAGUUGUUGUUAAGGAUAUUAGAUGUCUAUGGGAUAUUGAAUCCCGUGGACACUAUGAGAUAGGAGUAGCAUAUAUCUAAUUUCUUCUAUGUUUCGUCAGAAAAUUAAUCUUGUCUCUAGAAUCGCGAGGCAUUUUGUUACAUGAUGUCAAAUUUGUUUAUGUGUGGGCUUGCAGAAAAGGCUCAUCAGAGUCACACCAGAAACUAAGGUUCUGAAAGCGAAGCAACUGAUGACAGAUAACCGUGUCAGGCGCAUUCCAGUAGUUGAUCAUACUGGUACGAUAGGGAUGGGGUGUCCGUGCUGUUGCAACUUGCAAGUGAGCAUGGGGAUGAGCUGAACCCCUUUGAAUGCUUACAUACAAUGAUGUCUAGAUGAUGAUGUCAACAAAUAAAUGGAUCAAGCGCUUAAUCAUGGAUAAUGCUGUUGAUACGGAGUAUAUAUGCAUCAUUUUUGUGGCACUGGAUGCGUCUUGGUGUUGGUUUCUCAACUAGACUACAUUGAAAAGUCUCUGCCUGUGGCAACAAUUCUUUUUACUCCUCAACUAGAAAUUACAUAUGCACGCUUAUGCAAUAUUGCCUCUUAAGUUUUUAGAUAAAUUGUUGCUUCAAUGGAGAUAACACAGCAAAAUGUUGGAGCCUUCAUGGUUGUGAAACCUAUUAUGUUCUGUAAGUCCAACACAACAAGAACUUUUGGAACUCCAACAUAUUGUGUGGGAGUUUCACAUAUAGAAAAUUUUCAAGUUUCGAUAUAGUGUUAUGAAGUUUCAUUUGUCAAUAUCUCGAAUUGAAGCACCAUAUGUUGGUACUGAUUGUA